AUGCCAACGGCAACAAACAGUAUUGAAAAAGAAGAAGAAGAAACAGGGAUAAAGGGGGAUCAAAGUUCAACGAAGUGCCAAGACUGUGGGAACCAAGCGAAGAAGGAGUGUUCAUAUUGGAGGUGCAGAACAUGCUGCAAGAACAAAGGAUUCCAUUGUCAAACCCAUAUCAAGAGCACUUGGGUCCCCGUUGAUCGAAGGCGCCACAGGGAAGUAAAUAACCACUUUCAGUUGCACCACCCACAUAUCUCCAAAAAGCACAAGCACUUCUACUCACCAUCACCAGGUGUAGAGGACAAGUUAAAGUUGCCAUCUGCUACGAAUUCCAUGGCUAUAUUUCGGCGCGUUGAGGUUAGGUCAAUGGAUCAUGCGGUUAACGAAAUUGGCUAUCAAACAUGUGUCAACAUUGGAGGACAUGUAUUUAGUGGUCUUCUAUAUGAUCAUGGCCCUCCUGCUGUUGCUGCUGCUCCUUUUCUUGAUCAUCAUCAUCAACAGAAUCUCAAUCAUGGUGCAAGUAUGGGUCCAGUUGAUGAUGUUGAUGAACCUUUCUUGCCUCCACCACCACUUUCAGACACGCUACGUACGCCCUACUUCUCAUUUCCAAAACCAUAG